AUAGCUGGAGUUUAUUGAAUCUAACACACCUUCUUAUUGGCUGAUUUAUGGUCAUGUGGCCAUGGCUAAAUCUAAACGUCACCCAGCGGGCAACAACUGCUUCUGAAUCCAAAUGUUGCACUCUCUCCCUCUUACUGGAGGUUACUCUGACUUCUACUCUUCCUUAUACUUUACACUAAGCUCCAGCUAUACAGAAAAACACUUAAUUACUGGUCCUUUGAAAAACAGUUAGUUUUGUUUUCCUUCUUAUCUCGACUUCUUCUCGAGAAACAACGAGAUUACCAACUGUUUCCCUCAGUACCACUAAUCAUAGUUAGUAGAGUCUCCUCCACUAACUAUGCACUAAUUAUACGUGUGUGAUAUGCCGGCCUGCGUGCAGCUCAGCCAGGAGGUUGCAUCAUCCGUAACAUUGAAUCUACAUGGACUACAUGGGAGACAUAAAGACCCGUUGAGCACUAUAGCCAGGGGUAACUGAUUUUCAUUUCUGUCAAUUCUAGACUGCGUUUUAAAGUGACACCACAUGGGAAUAUUAAGCUUGAGCACAUGUACCGGCCACUGGGGGCAAGUUACGCGGCGUGUUAAAAACUUACCGCGAGCAUUUCCUGUAGCGUUGCAACUAAAAGUUGACUUUGGACUUGUUCCAUUAAUUCAGCUCUUUGAGCGCCAUUCAUUCCCCCCGAGGAACUCGAGGAUGACGGUGAAGAAAAGCCAAAAUCCGACAUACUUCUUCCGAAGAUCGAGAAAGGAGACAAGACCAAUUUGACGCCCGCAAUGUCAUCAAAUGAGCGGUCAGUGGUUUUACUUGGCCCAGUCCUCGCUCUUUUUCCGGGUUGCCCCGUUUGGGCAUCUUUCAAAAUGGCGGGCCGCCACAGUAUUGUGGAGUAUUUCGGCGAUUCUGGAGGUCACCGUUGUGGCUAUUGUAAAAGUAGUAGCACCAACCAAUCGCAUGGCAUGUGGGCACAUACCAUGACUUGCUUGGACUAUCAAGACCUUUUUGACAGAGGGUGGAGAAGGAGUGGUAAAUAUGUGUACAAGCCAACUAUGAAAACAACAUGUUGUCCAGCCUACACAAUCAAGUAUGUUUUAGAUAUCUAAUAUAUCAAACAUUUGGCUGGUAAACUCAAUCAAGGAAGACCAGAUGGCCUGAUUGGAAGCACAUUGAGCUCUGGAUCAAGCCAUCCAGGCUUGGGCACUGCCUGGCCACCUUUUCUU